AUGUCAAGAAUCACUCUUAUACCUGAUACUUACCCCAUUCUCUGUGAGAAAAGGAAGAAAGAGUAUAAGGGUAUUGGAGUUGUUGAGUCUGAAGAUGGUCGAAGGAGGAGAAAUGAGGACCUUUUCAUGAUAAGGAAGAACAGUCGUCAAGAUUCUCAAUACAAGAGACGAAAACAUCCUCGUGAGGAUGCUUCUGCUCCAUUGAUCGAGACUCUUCCUUUCACCAUCUAUAUUCCAGUACGUCUAUAUCCCAGUUAUCUAAUGUUUCGAUUUUUUGGUGUUGGUGGUGGCUUGCAGGAACAGGAACUUUUAGAUUCCCAGUUGCAAGCCUUUCCUACAAUGAAAGAGGCGUUAUUGUCGGACGACCCGAAUGCACAACUUGAAGGAAGUGCUCAGUGUGGAAAGUUGCUAUCAAAGGGCUACAUACCUCAUAUUGAUAAGGUGAUCCGAGCAGGUAUUGUUCCUCAGCUCGUGACAUUUUUGACUAGGAAUGAGAUGCCUCAGCUGCAGUCCAUGGCAGCAUGGACUCUGGCCAACAUUGCCUCGGGAUUGUCUGAGCAUACAAGAACUGUGAUUGAAUAUGGUGCUGUUCCGUUGCUUGUGCAGCUUCUGAGCUCAAGUAGUGAAGACAUCAAAGAACAGGCAAUGUGGGCGUUAAGUAAUAUUGCAGGUGAUUCCCCAUGCGCAAGGGAUGAUGUUUUUAACCAUGGCGCACUCUCUCCGUUAUUGUCUAUAUUGUGGAGUCCUAAUUGUAUAACAAAAAGUUCUACCUUGAAGAUCGCUAUGUGGACAUUUUCAAAUUUGUGCGUUGGAAAGCCUCUUCCAAUGCUUCUUGAACAGAUACCACCAGCAUUGCCUGCCCUUCGGGAACUCUUAAUGAUGCCUGAUGAAGAAAGUAUACUACAUGGAUGCCAGACUCUCUACUGCCUUACUCAAAAGGAAUCAAUCGAAUUGAACCAAGCUAUCAUUGAUGCAAAUAUUUGCCCAAGACUUCUAGAGCUACUACUGAAUCCCAAGUCAAAAGUUCUUGUUUCUACUCUGCGGACUAUAGGAAAUAUUUCUACCGGCAAUGAAGUUCAUACUAAGCAUCUGAUUGACAGUGGAGGUCUCCCAGUUUUUAACUUUCUUCUUACGCAAAGUGAUAAGUUUAUCCUCCGGGAAGUGUGUUGGAUAAUUUCAAAUAUCGCAGGUGGACCUAGGGAUCAUGUACAGGCUAUCAUUGAUGCAGAUCUUAUCAGUUCAAUUGUCCAUCUUACAAAAGCUGAACCCGACAUUAGGCAGCCGGCUGCCUGGGGUAUUGUCAAUGCCACUUGUAAUGCCACUCAUGAGCAGAUUCGGUUAUUGUCGUGUCUAGGAUGCAUCGAGGCACUCUGUGAUCUCUUGACCAUAACAGAUCCGAAUCUUCUGGUAGAAUGUUUGGAUGGACUAAUUAACAUAUUAAUUGUUGGAAAAGUUAACAAGGAAAAGGGACUGUAUAACGGGGUUAAUAUUUAUGGUGGAAUGAUCGAAGAAUGUGGAGGAUUGGAUAAGAUCGCAAGUUUGCAAAGUUUUGACAACGAUCAAAUUUAUGAUAGGGCCGUGGAUAUUUUGGUGCAAUAUUUUAAUGAGAACCUUGAACUAGAUGAAGAGAAUCUUCAUAAUAAUAAUAGCGUGGAUGAAACCAUAAAAGAGGACCUUGAAGUAGAUGAAAAGAUUCUUCAUACUAGUGUGGAUGAAACCAUAAAAGAGGACCUUGAAGUAGAUGAAAAGAUUCUUCAUACUAGUGUGGAUGAAACCAUAAAAGAGGACCUUGAAGUAGAUGAAAAGAUUCUUCAUACUAGUGUGGAUGAAACCAUGAAAGAGGACCUUGAAGUAGAUGAAAAGAUUCUUCAUACUAGUGUGGAUGAAACCAUGAAAGAGGACCUUGAAGUAGAUGAAAAGAUUCUUCAUACUAGUGUGGAUGAAACCAUAAAAGAGGACCUUCAAGUAGAUGAAAAGAUUCUUCAUACUAGUGUGGAUGAAACCAUAAAAGAGGACCUUCAAGUAGAUGAAAAGAUUCUUCAUACUAGUGUGGAUGAAACCAUAAAAGAGGACAUUCAAGUAGAUGACAAGGAUCUUCUAAAUAAUGUGGUUGAAACCAUGAAAGAGAACCUUCAAGUAGAUGUGGUUGAAACCAUGAAAGAGGACCUACAAGUAGAUGACCAGGAUCUUCUUCAUGAUGGUUUCAAUCUUUUUUGUUAA